UUCCACUGCAAAUACCAGAAAAAUAAAUGUGCUUUUAUCGUUAUAUAGGCUGUCAGUACAUGGGUAUAACAGACGCAUUUGAGGGUUUCAUGAACACGAAUUUGCCUACACUGAAUUUCAUGGAAACCGGUUCUAAGAAAAUACGUGGCCGGACAAUAGCUCAGGGUAUAGCGGCUAAUUUAAUAACCUGUGAAAUUAAAAACAAUACAAGUUUCCUCAACAGUCAAGGGGAAUGGGUUGCGCUACCGCUUAAUAUCAGUGAUAUAUUACGUAUUUCUGUGGAAGAUGGUUAUGGCAAAAUCGACCGUUACCUACUUUUAGAUGUAAGAACUACAGUAGUUACCAUCACAAUGUUACUUUCAAUUUUUUGUAAUUUGUUACAUCUGCAUGCAGAUUUUAAUAAUUAUAUUGACAGUGAGUUCAACUAAAUUAGUCUAAAGCACUGUUACCGAUCCCAAAAAUGAUUUUGGUAUUGGUGAUAUUUGGGUCAUUCUUCAGUAGAAGAAAUAUGGUAUAUCCCCAUAGUAAAAAAACUCAUGUUGGUCAACUUUUUUAAUUUUUACCGUUGCGAUAUAAAGAUCCUAAUCUUUUUUUUCUAUAGUGGGAAAAACAUGCAGACGACUUUUAUUUUGGGCUUUUAAUAAAGUUACAUGUUUCUUGUCGCACGAAUGUCGACCAUCCUUAUAGUGGCUGCUUCGUAUUUAAAAGUAAAGGACAUAAAAGUCUUGGUAAGUGAAUAUUCUGCUUUGCGUGAAGAAAUGUUCUUUUAUUGUUACGUUUCAAUUUUACACUGCAGAGAUUCACUUGAACGGAAAAUAUACCUUGUCCUUGAUCUCAAGCCAACCAUAUUUUUUUAUUUUGCUCACAUAAUAAUACUGGAUACCUGGUGAAGUAUAUUGAUCCAAUCCUAGGACUGGAUCAAAAUUAAUUCACCUCACUUUCAGUAGUUUCAAAUCCUACAAUUCGGACUGGACUAGAUUUCAAGUCCUCGCACUCUGAUCCAGUCCUCGGCUUCGCCUCGGACUUGAUCAAAUUGUGCGGACUCGAAAUCUAGUGAAGUCCUCAUAGUCGGAUUUGAAAUAUUACAUCCAAGCGUGCGAUGAUCUCAAUGACAGUGUAUACUGCGCGUUAUGAUACAUUCUGUGCUAGUGAUCCCAUAUUGUCCAGUAUUACUGUAGGACAAUCACAAAACCGUAAUUAAUUAACUGAUUAUACUAUUUAUACCCGAGGGUGUGAAGUUGAUUUCCUAUGUGCCCCCUGUUACGACAUGAACGUUUGCGUUGUUCUUUGGGAUUGAGGGCAAUCUUUUCUAGUGUUUCUACAAGAGAUGGGUGUAUGAUAGGGUCAAAGUGGAAGAAAAAGUCGGGUUCCGAGAAAUUUUAUUUUUUCUAUUUCUGGUCUAAGAACCGUUAGCACCCGUUUACAUUAAGUGAACGAUCCCGAAUUCAUUACGAAACUGAAAUGUUUUAGCACAAGAAAGAAGUAUUUCAUAUCGGUUUUCAGCAGUGUUUGAGAAUUUUAAAUCCGCAGAAAAAAAACAAACAUUUUAUCCGGAAGUGUAUGAAUCCGAGAUAAUUCGACGUGUGAACGGUUAAUGAAUCUGCAACCUUUUAUUAUGACCGUAGAACUACCUAUAAACUGCCGUGAGAAUCAAUCCCAGGUCGCUUUGGUGGAAAGCACUUCCACAAGGCAAGUGUAACAAGACAUCCUAGCCUGGUGUAUAGCAUAGCCACUGAUCAUGCGUCAUAACCAAGGCAAUUGGUUAACCCAAUAAAAUUGAUAUGAAAUUCAUAAGACAAUUCGGUUAUAAAAAAUCUAUCUUUCUUAUCACUUUUCCAGAUUCAUCUUCAUUAAUGACGUCCAGCCUUGCAACGACGAAAAUAUAUUCAAAAACAGAAAAGAGUGGUCCUUCUUUAAAACCUACUGAGCCAGAGGUACUCUCUCUAUUAUCUUAACUUAGGUGUUUUAAAGUGCAUGUGCAGGGCCGUAGCAACCGGGGGGCUGGGGGGCUGGGUAUCAAUUUCCCGUUUGUAAUCUAAAAUGACUGAAAAUUGCAAAUUUUGCAAGGCUAUAUUAUCCGCAUUUUACAACAUUUUGCAACAAAACUUUGGAGUAUUUCUAAUUUUGUGAUGUUCUUUCAAGCUGUGAUGAAAUUUUUGUCUAGAUCAAAAUUUAGUCUAUUACGCAAGUGGUCAAUUUACACUCGAAAUUUCCAUUUUCAAAUCCUUCAACAUUAUCCCUGUAUGUUACAUGUAUUUAUAUACUUAGGGAUUACCUACAGUUGGGUCUGGAACAGAGAUCGCUUCCACGAAGAAGAACGUCGUGAAUAAAAACUACACAUACAAUGUUUCAAUGCCCGUCAUUAUCGGAGUUUCUGCUGGAGUGGGUUUGGUCAUCCUUAUCAUUAUCAUCCUGGCUGCAUGCUUUGUGCGUCAUAGAACCAGGUAUGCAGGUUAAAAUAAUAAGACGUACGAUAGUACCUGUUCGCUAGGAACGGAUUUACCAGUAGUGUGAAAUACUUAACUAGGACUCAACAUGGUGCGAUUUUAGGAACGAUUGGUGCUUUGGUUUUUCGCCAUUUUUAAUCCCAUAGCAAUUGAUAUCUUUUUUAUUUAUAUUUAUUUUCUUUUUCUACAGAAAACAACCGGAAGCAAAGCCAUCUAUUGUUAACACCGAAGCACCACCAAAAGGUAUAACAUCAAACUGGUAGCACACAUCUCGCAUGGGACUGAGACAAUUAAUUAGCCUUUCUCAUGCUGGACUUAUCCGCCAUUUUGGGGACAGUGCCUCUCCCAAUUCUGAAAGAGUACGCACCGUGAAAUUUUUAUAGGUGGUCAUACGAUUGCGGGUACAAUUAGUCAGCGUGGAUUAUAACGUUUUUGCUUAGGUCUGACAAAUGUCCGAUUAACGAGACUGUUGCUCGGACAUUGGCCAAGAAUGAUCAGCCAACUAUUUCAACCAUUUUUACGUGACAGUGCUACAGAUCGACGUACCAUUAUUGAUUGCACAUUUGCAUGCAGAAAACUAGCAACGUCCUCCGCGUCUUCACUUUGUUUGUGUUUCUUUAGGAAGUAAAGGUAUUUUCUAAUAUAUAGCUAGGCCUACGGCUUAUAGAAAUGAAACAUAUUUUUGUAAGUAGUAAGUAUUGUAAACGCCGCCGGCUAUGGACUGUAACUAUGGAGAUUUGGUCACUUGAGAGAGUAUUUGCUAAAAGAGAAGCUCAAUGACAAUGUUUCCUCUGUGUGAUUUUUUCAUCCAAAUAUUUAUUGAUUGCAUGGUAUCGUAGGCAUAGUUAGAUGCUUUUCAAACAGUACUUUUCACAUAAACUACCUUCAAUUUAAAUGAACAGUGUAGUGUAUUUUAUUUGAUCGGACAAAAUGUCCGUGCAGAAUGAAAUUGAUCGGCCAUUUGGUGUUUUUGUUCGGCAAAUAGCGGAUUGCCGACCGUUAUAAUCCACACUGCAAUUAGUCAAUUACAAAAUUGGAUAAUUCUCGAACUCAACACCAUAUUUUCUCGCCAAAGCCCAGCCCUGGCAGACUUUUAACUUUUAACCAAAAUAUGGCACUUUUGUUUGUAUUUUCAUUUAGUUGUUUUUCUUUAAGUUUCUCAAGGGCAAUUUUAUUUGUGCUUAAAUACCUUUCCGCCAUUUUAAUUGUUUUGGCAUUUGGGAAAAUCAUUAACUGUACACCUUUCAACCAAUCAGCAUCCAGUAAUUUUGUCAUGCUAAUAAUAAUACUUACUAUCACUGUAGUCGUGUGUAUAAUAGUAAAUUUAUAGUUACAACUUUGGAAAGUCAUUUUUCACGUUGUUUAGUUUGUUAGGUUUUCUGACAAGGAAAGAUAGCAACCCCAAAAAUUGUGGACAUUGGCCCAUGCGGAUUACGUGGGAUACGAUCCAAAUUCCGGAUGUGAGAGAUCUGUACUACUAUACAACGCCCAAUACGACCGGAAUUGAAUGGAUUUUAUAUUUCUUUUAUAGUUCGUUUCACAGCCCAGACAAGAUUCAGUUUAAUCCAAGAAGCUGCGCCAAUCGACUCAGACGAGGAAGAUUACACGAGCUUGAAGGAAAACAGAGAAAGUUACGAUCCUUAUUGUUCGCUGCAGAAAGAUGAUGUUGAUUUGGUAAGGAAAAUGUAGAAAUAAUCUAAAUAGUUUUAUCAACUUUGCUUUCUGUCGGUUUAUAAGUUCUGAAAUGUUCUCCCAAAGUUCGCAAGGUUUGUCCACUCUUGGUUCACUACGCAAGGCAAACACACACAAAAGAACUAGAAAAGUUCGAAAGCAAUUCAGAUUUAUUCAGAUGUAUUCUUGAGCCCCCUCAAUCCUAUAACCUCAUGAAGUAGAAAACCUAACUGACUAAACUAACUUUAUUUAUACACGGUAUAGAAGCGCCAUACAAAUUAGCUGCUAAUAGUUUUAGUAUAGUUAUGCAGAGAUAACUAUAUAAGUUAUAUAGCAGUUCCUUAUAACACAGUUCUCUGUACAAUAAUUUUUCAUUGUUUUUUUUUUUCAGAAUGUAAUAGACACUGUUCUAAAAGACGCGGUCUCGAUGGGUAAGGAAUAA